AUAAAAUAGUUUCUUAAAAUGGUGGGGCUGAAUGAAACUAAAGGCACAAUAGGUGGUUGAAUAAGGAAAGCUAACUCUGUCUCUGCUAUGCACUUGUUUUCUCUCUUUUUGGGUGCUUCUUUUCUCUCCUAUUAAUUUCUUUCCUUUCAUUUUCUUUCCCUUUUCAAUCUAUCCACAACUAUCUUUCUUUUCCAAUUUCGUCUAAUUUCAACAAACCCUCAUCUCUCUUCUCUCUUCUCUCUUCUCUCAACAACUACUUUCUUUCUUUCUCCAGAGAGAAAUUGGAUUAAAAUGGUGAGAGGAAAAACUCAGAUGAAACGUAUUGAGAAUGCAACAAGCAGACAAGUUACAUUUUCAAAGAGAAGAAAUGGUUUGUUGAAGAAAGCUUUUGAACUAUCUGUUCUUUGUGAUGCUGAAGUUGCUCUUAUCAUCUUUUCUCCAAGAGGAAAACUUUAUGAGUUUUCUAGCUCCUGCAUGCAGGACACGAUUGAACGGUACCGUAGAAAUACCAGAAGUGCUCAACCAUUGCAAAGAUCAGAUGAACAAAAUAUGCAGAAUUUGAAGCAAGAAACAGCAAGUUUGAUGAAGAAGAUUGAACUUCUCGAAGCCUCGAAACGGAAACUCAUGGGAGAAGGUUUAGGUUCAUGCUCCUUAGAAGAACUUCAACAGAUAGAACAACAGUUGGAAAAGAGUGUAAGCACUGUUAGAGCAAGAAAGAAUCAGGUUUACAAGAAUCAAAUUGAGCAACUUAAAGAAAAGGAAAAAGUCCUACUUGCUGAAAAUUCAAGGCUCUCUAAGCAGCCGCAGCCGCAACUACUGCAACUACCACCACCGCCACCGCCAAAUGAUCAUCCGAGAGAAAAUCAACCGUACGCAGAAAGCAGCAGUCCGAGCUCAGAUGUGGUGACUGAAUUGUUCAUUGGCCUACACAGGUCUAGUUGAACAUAAUGAUAUAAUCAUCUAGUGUAUGUUUGGUUUUACAUUAAUUCCAAUGCAUCUGAAUUAACAUUUUGAAACUACUUCCCUUAUUGCAUUGGAAUUUGUUCAACUUAAGAACAAACAUAUAUAUGCUUAAUACUUGCCUUAUAUACGUGCAAGUGUAGAGUAAUGGGGAAAAGCCCUAAUGUCUCCAAUGUAUUUAUUUGUUGAACAAUGUGAUGCACUGAAUAUAUUUUCAUCAUUUUGUUUUUGUCAAAUUGCUGUAAAAAUUAUAGAUGGUCUUAAAAUAUAUAAAAUUAAGACCAUUGCAUCGUAAGACUAUUAGAGACAAAAGUGUUGUCCUGGAACAUCAUGGAACUUUCAAGUUGGUAAGCUUGGUAAUUGUACUUGGAUUUCUGAUUAA